UAUCGAUUACACACAAGUCGCAGAACGCAGAGUACUUUCGGACGUGUAUCUUUUUCAAUAGAGUAAAUUUUAAUUUCUAUUUCUUAGAGUCGAGUUCGUUGCGUCUUUUUUCUUAACAAAGACACCAUAAAUUCAAAUCAAGUAAAUCUUGUUUUAAACGGAACUUCACACUUUUCCAAAUUUGUUCAAAUCUUACAUUUUAUUUGUAGCUGUGAUCAACAUGCCUAGUAUCAAAUUGCAAUCGUCUGAUGAAGAAAUUUUCGAUACCAAUAUUGAAAUAGCGAAGUGCUCCGGCACUAUUCGCACCAUGUUAGAGGAUUGUGGCAUGGAGGAUGAUGAGAAUGCGAUCGUGCCGCUGCCGAAUGUGAAUUCAACAAUAUUGAGAAAGGUGUUGACUUGGGCCACCUAUCACAAGGAUGAUCCACAGCCCACCGAGGAUGAUGAGAGCAAAGAGAAGCGCACCGAUGACAUCACAUCCUGGGAUGCAGAUUUUCUCAAAGUGGACCAGGGCACACUAUUCGAACUGAUCUUAGCCGCCAACUAUUUGGAUAUCAAGGGGUUGCUGGAACUAACCUGCAAGACCGUGGCCAAUAUGAUUAAGGGCAAGACACCCGAGGACAUCCGAAAAACGUUUAACAUUAAGAAGGAUUUCACUCCGGCCGAGGAGGAGCAGGUGCGCAAGGAGAACGAAUGGUGCGAGGAGAAGUAAUUUUAGCUUGCCCAGCUUGUCGCGAAAUGGUAUAUGGCUUCGUUAUUAAUCUGAGAUCCCAUAACAAAAAUUUGCAAAUUCAAAAGGAUGAGAUACGUUAAAAUCUCAAGCAACUCAAAAAUUGCUUGAACCAUUGCGUAUUAAUAUAACUUUUUAUCUAGUUUAUGUAUAAGGUUGAAUACACCCAUGAAAUAUUUUUUCUUAAAAACCAAAUUUAAUUAUAUACGAACAUGAGCAGAAGAAAAUAGCAAUAAAAUGUAAACAGCGGUUAAACAUGCGUAAAUGAUCAGACAUAUACAUAAUUACUAUACACAUGUACACACAUAUAUGUAUACACACAGGAUAUUUAUAAUCCUACUGAAUCAUAAUAAGAUUGGCAUACCUUAAAACAGUCCUUUCUCGAUUAAGUAUUAUCGGUUCGAAGUUUAUCUUGACCAUAUAUAUCUCAACACAGUUUAUUGAAGUAUAUAAAAUAGAAGAAAGAACUAUAUUUCUUUUUUUUUAAACAUACAAACUUCAUUUCAAUCAUCCUUAAUUUUGUUUCUUAUUUACUAAUGUGUAUCAUUUAACAGAAAUCAAAUGAAUAAAACAUAAUCUAGAUUAGAA